AUGAAGUCACGGAAUCCAGAUGUCUCUUUGCAGACGCUGUCGGCAGCUGACGGGUUCCUCGCUGGGCUCAUCUACCUUACUGCAACGAAACAAGCCACUACCCAAGGCCGGGCCACUGAUUCUUUUACCCACACAAGCCAAUCGUGGAAAUGCCUUGAAAAUAUUUGGAUCAAUCUCGAAAGUAUCCAGAAUCGCACAUUAGAGCUGGUUCCCAGAUUGGGUCUCAGAGGUAUCAACAAUACCCUCGACUCUUUCAUCAACCCCGUACUGUUCUUCCAGGCCGCUGUUUUGUCGCUUCGAAACACUUUAAUUGGCCAACCCCCAAGCACUUUAGGGGACGUUGUUGCUCUCUUCUGUUUGUCGCACGUGGUGUCAUGUCAACUAAGAAGCAGCCACAAUUCGGAGAUCAGUGAUACUCACUUUUACAUUGAUCAAUGGGAAAAUGCCAUCAGCAGAUAUGAUCAUCGGCAAGCAUUCGCCAAUCUGAUUCGGGCAUUAUUCCCGGAAAUAACGACCCCGUCCCCGGCUUCAGGGUUCUUACAACCUGCUGAACUUGUAACCGCAGACUACAUCGACCCCCUUCACUUCAUGCACCAGAAUGUACCACUUGAACUACCACCACACCAAGAUGACUUCCUCUUGGGCUAUCGUUUAGAUUACAGCGAUGCGACACCUUGCUUACUCAGUAAACCAGAGUCCAGACAUGCGGAUGAAGCAGCACAGAACGGCUGUUACUUUAGUGGGGAGACCCAGCUUACAGGGCUCCAGACUUCAGCUCCGCUAGGCCCACGCGGAUCGGCCCUUGUCACUAAUUUAACACUUUUUCUCGAACAAUGCGGAGACCUGUUCCAGAUCCUUUCCGGGCGUUGGGUGACGGCAAAGCACCAGUACUCACCUUCGUCCGCUCUCAAUCAGGCAAGGCCCCAGAGCAAUGAUGUCAAGCCAUGCAUACAACGCAUGCGACAAGAUGAAUAUUUUCAAGAUCCAUUCUCAUUGGGCAUUCUCUCUAUUGUCGAUACAUUCACCCAGCUCGGGUACCUGCAAACCCUCGAAGAUGUCCAAGAGUACAUGAUCAUCGUCGGCAAGAGAAUUUGUGAAAUAUUGUCCAUUGGUAGUGAAUGCUCUCGGGAUGAUUUCACUCUCUGGCUCAAGAAGCCCCUCUGCGCAGCCCAUUACAGGGCCAGAGCCAAGGAGGUUCUCGUGUUCCGUAUGUCGGAAAAGGUUCACAAGGAGAAGCAAUAUGCAACGACACAGGAACAGCGUACACAGACAUGA